AGGGAUGAAAUUGAACUGGACUAUACAAAAGCUCAAUGUUCCAUAAUUGGGCUUGGCUCAGACAUAUAAACUGGGCUUUCCAUUGUCUAAUACCAAACUCUAAGUCCAAUCCACUAAACUAGUUCCAAACUAUCCCAACUGAAACUGAACAACCAUCAUCACCAUCUUGGAGAGAUAAGAGACCAAAGCUUCUUCCUUUCCACUUCCAUUUUGCACCAUGCUUUCCUUAACAUCGAAUACCCUCAAACCCUUCUCUCCCUUCACCUCCACCACCACCCUGAACCCUCAUCCACCUCCUCUCCUCUACCCAAAACCUACCCUUAAACCCGUCUCAGCCUCCAUCCAACACCUCCUUUCUUCCACCCCAAAACCAAAACCACCCCAACCAAACCAACAAGUCUACCAACCUUUCCGUCCACCCCCUUCUCCCAUCCCGGAACAAUACCGCUCCUUGGACGCCAAUGGCCAUCUCGAAAUCCUCGCCAACCGUCUCGGCUUAUGGUACGAGUUCGCCCCAUUGAUCUCUUCUCUACUUCAACCCACCAUUGAAGAAAUCACAGGGAUUUCCUCGGUUGAGCAGAACCGACUAGUCGUGGCAGCUCAGGUUGGUCAGUAUCCAAACUUCGAUCAAGCAAGAACUUCCAGAAGUAUUUUGAAUAGUCUUCCGAAGUUCAAACCCUUCACUUUCAGAUAUGGAAUUCUGGUCAAAAGAUUCAAGGUGAUGAAGUGAGAGUAAUUUGGUGACGAAUGCGCUUGCUCAAAAUCUCGAAUUUUGAAGUAGUUCAGAGACGGAAAUACUUACUCAAAUUAGUUGAAAGAUUAAGUAGUUCAGUGACGGAAAUACUUACUCAAA